UAAUAAAUCAAAUAUUAUUCAUAAUGGUUAGUUUAACUAUAGUUAGCGUAAUAUUGAGCGCUAUAUUAGCAAUUUAUUGGUAUUUAACAAAAACUUAUGAUCACUGGAAGAGAUUGGGUGUCAACGGCCCGAAGCCUAUCGUUGUUUUCGGUAAUUUCCUGCACCGGUGUGUCCGCCCACUCGCUGUGAUAGAUGUCGGGUACCUCAAGAAGUACGGCACCAUAAUUGGUGUAUACGACGGCAGAAAUCCAGUACUACUGGUGGCGGAGCCGGAGAUAAUCAAACAAAUAACGGUCAAAGACUUCCAGGCGUUUGCCGACCGCCGGUCGCUGACCACUGAACACCCCAUCAUUAAUAAGGCUCUGUUCCUCAACACCGGCGACGACUGGAAACGGUUGCGCACAAUAAUGUCGCCCACUUUCACGUCCGGCAAAAUGCGCCGAAUGUAUCAUUUGGUCAGAGAGUGUGUCCGCGAAAUGUGCGAUCACUUGGAUGUGAUCACAAACCACAGCUCCGGUAGUGAGCCAAUCAAUAUCAAGCCCUUUCAUCAGUGUUUCGCGUUGGAUGUGAUCGCUUCGUGCGCUUUCGCCACCAAAAUCAACGCCCAGUCGGAGCCCAACAGCGAGUUUGUGGUCAACGGGCGCCGCGUUAUGGACUUCAAUGUGUGGCAAAUGAUACCGUCGUUUGUAUUCCCAAAGUGGUUGAAUCGGGCGCUCGGCGUACGGACACAGUUCGUGGAGGAGCCGAGUGAGUACAUGUUCACAAUGGCCCGGCAU